AAUAACAAAGACAAUGAAUAAUUAAAAAGCUCGAAUUCAAAGACAUCUUUGCAGUGAUGUAUCCCAAGAACAACAACCCCCACGGAACAUUUUCUACAUCCACAGGAGUCGAAGCAUUUUUCCCAGUCUCUUGAUUUCUUUUUCUUUCAAACCCUGUUUUCCCCAUCCACAGGAAAAGAGAAGUUUGUUGUUUUUUCAACUUCAGAAAAAAAUCUGCAAUUCAUAAACCUCUACUCGCCAUAUUCCACUAUUCCUAAUAGUAGACAUCCAAUCCAAUCUUUUUAUAUUGAAGUUUCUCAUUUAUUUAGGGUUUAUUUGAUUUGCUCGACAUUGCUGUCUGCUCUAUGCUCACCUAAAUGGAGUUAGAUUCAGAGCAGUACGCACCCUCUUUAAAUCCAUCCAUCCACUACUAGGGUUUCAUAUUCCCUAAUUCUAUCGCAUCUGUUGGUCCAGAUUGAUUCGGUUUUCUCUCUCUCAUGUUUAUACGUUUUUGUUUAUCUUAUAGGAAGUUGUUGUUUUGAUGAAUGCUUAGGGUUCGUUAGUUUUACUUUUUAAGUUUAAGUUGAUAAAUAGAGUUGCUUGGCUAAACUGAUUUGAUUGGACUUUGAGUUGGAAGAGCAUUCCAUCAGUUUUGCUUGUGAGAAAGAUUAUAUUUUAUUAAGUUUUAUGGGUGAGGAAGAUGGAGGAUGGGCAGAGCAGACUCUGCUGUUGCCAAAUGGGCUAUUGGCCAAUGCUGAACCCGUCAUCCAAGGUGUGGACCCCGAAAGAUGGUUGAAGGCAGAGGAGACGACAGCAAAGCUCAUCGCCCGUAUUCAACCCAAUAAACCGUCUGAGGAGCGUAGAAAUGCUGUUGCUGAUUAUGUCCAGCGGCUGAUUGCCAAAUGCUUCCCAUGUCAGGUGUUUACUUUCGGGUCGGUUCCCUUGAAGACAUAUCUACCCGAUGGAGAUAUUGAUCUAACUGCAUUCAGUGAUAAUCAGAGUUUGAAAGAUACAUGGGCUCAUCAGGUUCGUGAUACGCUAGAGAAAGAGGAGAAAAAUGAGAAUGCUGAAUUUCGUGUCAAGGAGGUGCAGUACAUUCAGGCUGAAGUAAAGUUAAUUAAAUGUCUGGUAGAAAAUAUCGUGGUUGACAUAUCAUUUAAUCAGCUUGGUGGAUUAUGUACUCUUUGCUUCCUUGAGGAGGUUGAUCACUUGAUAAGCCAGAACCAUUUAUUCAAACGCAGUAUUAUUUUGAUUAAGGCAUGGUGUUACUAUGAAAGCCGUAUAUUGGGUGCACAUCAUGGUCUUAUUUCAACUUAUGCCUUGGAGACCCUAGUUCUUUAUAUAUUUCACGUCUUCAACAAGUCCUUUACUGGACCACUUGAGGUGCUUUACCGCUUUUUAGAGUUCUUCAGCAACUUUGAUUGGGAUAAUUUUUGUGUCAGCUUGUGGGGCCCUGUACCCAUCAGAUCACUCCCAGAUGUAAAUGCGGAACCUCCCCGUAAAGAUAGUGGGGAAUUGCUUCUCACCAAAGGAUUUCUGGAUGCUUGUAGCACUGUGUAUGCUGUUUUUCCUGGUAGCCAGGAAAAUCCCGGACAACCCUUUGCUUCUAAGCAUUUUAAUGUCAUUGAUCCUUUACGAGUGAACAACAACCUUGGACGUAGUGUCAGUAAAGGAAACUUUUUCAGGAUACGCAGCGCAUUCACUUUUGGUGCCAAAAGAUUGUCAAGACUGCUAGACUGUCCAAAGGAAAAUCUCAUAUAUGAAAUCAAUCAAUUUUUCCUGAACACGUGGGAAAGGUAUGGCAUUGGUGGCCGUCCGGAUGCACCUGCAUCUAAUCAUCUUCUUCAACCUGACAACAUGAGGUUAAGCCCAACUCCGAAAAAAGUGAAUGAUCAAACCCAAAGAAGUAAUCUAAAUUUGAUCACUUCAAGGGUGUCUGAUCAGGUUGGUACAAGGGAAACUGACAGAAGUCAAAGAAGUUCCAAAUCAGAGACUUUGGCGAAUGGGAUCCAAGGAAGGUUUGUUUUUGCCAGAACUCAAUCCAGCCCUGAACUAAUCAGAUUGCCCGAAGGUUCAGAGAUGCAUUCCACCAAUCCAACAAAACCAGAUAACAACAACAACAACAAUAGUACUAUUAAGAACAGGAUGAUGAAGAACGCUCGAGGAUCUGAGAAUUCAACCAGCAAUAGUGGUUGCUCUAUAGAUGCUGCAACUAACUCCAACAGUGGUUCAAACCAUGAUGCUUCAGGAUUGAAUGAAGAGCUUUCUUCAACAGGAGGCACACGGGCUUUUCUGCAAGAGGAAGAGCAGCAAGAUGUUGUGAAUAUGAUGGCUUCAACUUCACUCCAUGAUUUUAAUAAUGGUCAACAAUUUCAUCAUCUCCCAUUUAAUAUAACCUCACCCCACCUUCCUUUCCCCAUCCCACCUUCUUUUCUAGCUUCCAUGGGAUAUCCGCAACGCAACAUGCCUGGAUUCGUCCCUGCUAAUUUCUCUAUGGGUGAUUCUUCAUUUUCGAAUGUUCAAUUCCCCCAUGCUUUAAUGCCACAGCACAUGACACAAUAUUUUAGUGGGCUUGGGUUGAGUCCAAAUCCCGAAGAUGCCAUUGAGCCCAAUAAUCAAAAUUUUAUUACUUCUACAGAAAUGUACUCAAGUGAUGCUGAAAAUGAAUUUUGGCCAGAGCAUCGUGAUACAAGCUCGACUGUUGGUAAUUUCGAAACAAACCAGUCUGAGGACCAGAAGCUUAACUUUGUUGCUGCUCCAUCCUGGGUGAGAUAUCAACCGAAGCAGCAUAUCAAGGAAAACCAUUGGUUUGAUCAUCAUUCCCAGUUUUUUCAGGAUAAUGGAGUUAAUAAUAAUGAAGUUUUUUGUGCCGAAGAAAGAAUGGCUAGUUCCAGGCUGUCAUCCACUGCCCACAGUAAGGCUUCUUCUGAGAGUUCAUGGGACGGAUCAUCUGCUAAAUCCUCAAAAUCAGUCAGGGAUAGAAGGGGAAAGAAGGCAAUUUCUGUAGAUGCACCAUCAAUUGGUUAUGGAAUGGGUAAAAUGAUGAGUCAAUCCGUUCCUAAAGAUGAAAAUGAAGGUGAUGAACAAGAUUGGAGUAUUGAAGUAGCAGAAAGAGGAGGGCAUGGAGCUCAGACGAGCGGAUCAGACUCGAUGAUACCUAUUGCUCCGAUGCUUAUUAAUUCCAGUUCUCAACAAAGAUUAGCAGACAAUUCCCCCGGUGUCAUUGCAUUUUACCCAACGGGCCCACCCGUCCCAUUUUUUACAAUGCUUCCUGUAUACAACAUCCCGCCUAAGGAAGGGAUAAGCCGUUUUGGUGGGGGAGAAGGAAGCAUUGAUAAUAGUGAUUCUGGUCAGAACUUUGAUUCAUCAUCUGAAGUUUUGGUGAAUCAUUCUGAUGAACAACAGCAUAAAUCUGACAUCCUUAACAGUGACUUUGCUAGCCAUUGGCAAAAUUUACAGUAUGGGAGGUUUUGCCAAAGUCCAAGAUACUCUCCCACGCCUUUAGCCUAUCCGUCGCCCAUGAUGGUGCCACCUGUCUAUCUGCAGGGUCGGUUUCCUUGGGACGGUCCCGGUAGACCGGCAUCAACCAACACAAACCUAUUCACCGAACUUAUGAGUUAUGGUGGUCCCCGUCUGGUUCCCGUGUCACCUGUCCAGUCCGUUCCUGAUAGACCUGCAAAUAUGUUUCAACGUUAUGCUGAUGAGAUUCCCAGGUACCGCAGUGGGACCGGUACUUAUCUACCAAAUCAUCCUAAGGUCUCUGCAAGGGAUAGAAGCUCUUCUGGGACCAGACGCGGAAGUUACAACAAUGAGAGAAGUGACAACGGCGGGGACAGAGAGGGAAACUGGAACUCAAAGACAAGAGGUGGAGUUGGACGUGGCCGCAAUUCUACAACUGAGAAGUCAAACGCAAGACCGGAUCGGUUUCCUUCCAGUGAUAGUCGAAUGGACCGGCCAUGGAACAACUCCUACAGAAAUGACUCGUUCCAUUCAUACCCAUCACAAAACGGUCCUAUGCAUGCUUCUAAUUCAAAUCAAAGUGCUACUCCAAACGUGGCAUAUGGUAUGUAUCCACUUUCUGCAAUGAACACUGCAGGAGUGUCUACUAAUGGUGGGCCCAGCAGUUCCCCUGUUGUAAUGAUGUAUCCAUCAUAUGACCACCACCCUGCUGCCAAUUAUGGUUCUCAAGUAGAACCACUAGAGUUUGGAUCUUUUGGACCAGUAGGGUUCUCAGGCAUGAAUGAACAGCCACUGGUAAGUGAAGGGGCUAGACCUAGGGCAGCUUUUGAACAUCGUAGGUUUCAUGGGCAGCAGCAAUCUUCACCAGAUCAACCAUCUUCACCAUGUCAUCAGAGGAGGGGAUAACUAUUUUGACGAAUCUGCAAUCGAAUGAUAAAAAGAUUCCCCGCCUCUUAAAAUUUUAAAGGUGGAAGGGUAGCUGUGGAAAAGGGUCAUAAGAAUAUUUGGGGCAUUAUAGGAUUGAGCAGUUAUGUAUCUUGUUGUUGUAGACUACCAGAUCUGUGUAUGUUUUUUAGCUGAAGCCUCCAGUAACAACAAUGUGGAAGGCAUUUUGGAGGGAGUUAGGUGACAAAUGUUUUAUAUAUUUCUGCCCUCCGAUUGCAGGGAAUGUUUGUAAACUCUCAAUGAUGUACAACUUCCAAGCGUGUAUUAGCUGUUUAUGUUAUAGCAUUCUACCUUAGAUUUUUCUGUUUGGGAUUUUGGGAACAUGAUGGCUGUUAAUGCCUGCCAAUCUGCCAUUGGUGUUAGUUUGGUUUUUGAUAGUAUAUAAACCUGCAAGGCUGCAAACUUAAUGCUGCAUUAUCCUAGG